AUGAAACAAGGUGCAUUCGCUCUUGAAUUAUGGAGCCGACUUGAAGAAGUUUUUCAUGACAAUAAGCAUACUAGGGCUGUGUAUUUAGAGGAGAAAUUCAACAAUACUAGACUUGAAAAUUUUGCUAAUAUGGCUGCCUAUUGCAAGGAGAUCAAGCUUCUUGCCGAUCAAUUGAGCAACGUUGAUAAUCCGGUCUCUGACAGGAAGAUGGUUCUUCAGAUGAUUUCUGGCCUUACUAAGGGGGAAUACGACACGGUUGCUACUUUGAUCUCCCAAACCGACCCCACCCCGAGUUUCAGCAAGGCCGGGUCUAUGUUUUUUCUUGAGGAAACAAGAAAAUCCAAGCAAGAUGAACAUGGACAUCAUGCCCUCAUGGCGCAACAGCAAUCUCCGGCCACCGCCACCUCUACGCCGCCCACACAGCAGCCCCCAUAG